UGGCCGGCAAGUGAUUUAAGCUCUUCAUGACCGACUGUGAAACGACAGAAGAGAGACAGAAGCAGGACUCUCAACAACGCAAGGCCUGAGAGGGGUUUGAGGAGCAAAAUUGAGUGUGCGUGGUCAUCAUCAGCCACAAUGAGCAUUCUCAAGGUGUUCGCUGUUGCCCUUGUGCUGUUCGGAAACAGCUGUCUUUCUACGAAGAUAAAGAGGUCACCACAAGGUCCACCUUCAGGACCACCUGGUCCACCUUCAGGACCACCAGGGUUUCCAUUUUUUACACCAGGGGAACCUGGUAGGGGGCCACCAGGGCCACCAGGGCCAGAGGGUCCACAAGGACCACAGGGUCCACCAGGGUCAGAAGGUCCAACAGGUCCACCUGGACCAGAUGGUGAGCCAGGCUCUGAUGGUCCACCAGGACCACCUGGACCAGCAGGACCAUCUGGACCACCUGGACCACCAGGACCACCUAGUCCACCAGGGCUACCUGGACCACCAGGUCCUCCCGGGCCACCGCAACAAUAUCCAUACUGGCCUUUUUGGCCACAAGGGCUACGACAACCUUGGACCAUCUGGACCACCUGGACCACCAGGUCCUCCCGGGCCACCACAACAAUAUCCAUAUUGGCCUUUUUGGCCACCCGGGCUCCGACCACCUUGGCCACCAGCACCUUGGCCACCUAUGCAACCAGCACCUUGGCCACCUUGGCCACCAGCACCUUGGCCACCUAUGCAACCAGCACCUUGGCCACCUGGGAAAUC